CUCUAGUUAAUUUAUGAUCAAUAACAAAAGAAUUGGUUUAAAGGUUGUGUAUUUGUUGUGACUUUGUGUUUGUUUGUGGCUAUAAGCAAAAAGCGAAUAAUGCAAGCUUUUGUCAAAUUUAUACAAAUAUGUGCUAUAGUAUUUUGUUGUUUACAUUUAUCGGAAACGGAGAACGAGGUUUCGGAAAUACAAAGAAUAUUUUCAGCGUGCAAAAAGAAGUCACCGGAUUUUGACAUUUGCAUAAAGCGAGCUUUCAACAAAUUACGCCCUUAUUUCAAAGUAGGCAUACCGGAGCUGGGCGUUGCGCCAUUCGACCCACACUUCGCUAAGGAAGUGAGGCGAUCGCGGAACAUAGCGGGUAUUGGGUUCACGAUCACUCUCAGAGACGUUUACGAAGGAGGUUGGACGCAAUCUCUAGUCACAAAAUACAAAACCGACUGGAAUAACGGACGUAUUAUAUAUUCUCAAUAUUUUCCUGUAAAGUGGCUAUAUGGUGACUAUGAUUUUGAGGGUAAUGUUUUAGGAUUAGGCAUGUUCCGUUCAGGACACUGGAACCUUACUCUCAAGGACUAUUCUCAGACCACACGCAUCAAACGCAACUUUAGCAAUGUGGACGUCCACGUGGAGGUCGACCACAUCGGCGGAAUGGAGAUACACAUCGGGAAUAUAUUAAAAGGGAAUGGUAUACUAGAGAAUGUACUCGAUCGUAUUAUCAACGCUGCUUGGAAGCCUGGAUUUGCGGUGAUAAGACCUCUAAUCAACGACUUCGUGAGCACCGCCUUCACAGAUAUUUGGAGCAAAUCUUUCAAAAAUUUCACAUUAAGUGACUUCAUUAAAGACUGAUUUUUUGCAAAAAAUACGAAUGUUAUCGUACAAAAAUGUAGAUACAGUAUUGCCAUUUAAGUAUAUAGGUACAGUUAGCUUCCUAA